CGAGUUCUGGCGUCCCGGGCCCCUUUGGGACGCGUGUCUGCGGGGGAAUCCUGGCCUGCUGGGCCUGUCCAGACGAAAUCUCGGAGAGAUGGGUUGGGUCCUGGGCCGGGCUUCGCUCAGGCAGCGUUUCAGGCAGCCCCAACGGGGUCCUCCUGGGGCCUUCCUCUCUUUGAACCACGGAGGCGGGCAGGCUCGCCGUCUCCUGCUCCCCUCAGAGCGGGGCCCGCCAUCACCAUGGCCACGGUUGGGAGUUGGCCCUGCGCCGGCGGGUCGCGGGACAUCUUGUGGCGCGUUUUGGGAUGGAGGAUAGUUACAAGUAUUGUGUGGUCAGUGCUGCUUCUACCCAUCUGUACCACAGUAUUUAUAAUCUUCAACAGCAUUGAUUUAUUGCAUCCUAUACAGUGGCUGUCUGAUUCUUUCAAUGAUCUAUAUAGUUCCUAUGUAAUCUUUUACUUCCUGCUGCUGUCGGUGGUAAUAAUAAUAAUAAGUAUUUUCAAUGUGGAGUUCUAUUCAGUUGUGCCUUCCAUUCCCUGCUCCAGACUGGAACUGAUAGGGAAAAUCAUUCAUCCUCAGCAGCUCAUGCACUCACUUAUUCAUGCCGCAAUGGGAAUGAUGGUGGCUUGGUGUGCUGCAGUGAUAACCAAGGGCCGAUACAGUUUUCUUGUGGUUCCCUGCACUGGUACUGAGAGCUUAGAUGGCCCUGCUGCACAAGCCUGCUUAAACGAAUAUCACCUUUUUUUCCUACUGGCCGGAGCAUUUAUGGGCUAUUGCUAUAGCCUCCUGUAUUUUAUUAACAACAUGAACUAUCUUCCAUUUCCCAUCAUACAGCAAUACAAGUUCUUGCGCUUUAGGAGAUCUUUGCUCUUACUAGUUAAACACAGUUGUAUGGAAUCACUGUUCUUGAUUAGAAAUUUCUGCAUUGUGUAUUAUUUUCUUGGCCAUAUUCCCAAAGCUUGGAUUAGCACUGCUAUGAACCUUCAGAUAGAUGAGCAAUUUCAUAGGCCUCUUGAUACUGUGAGUGGCCUCUUGAAUCUCUCAUUGCUCUACCAUGUCUGGUUAUGUGGAGUCUUUCUUCUGAUGACUUGGUAUAUCUCAUGGAUACUCUUCAAAAUCUAUGCCACAGAGGCUCAUCUGUUCCCUGUUCAACCACCAUUUGCAGAAGAGUCAGAUGAAUGCCUCUCAAAAGUCUUAAACAGUAAUCCGCCCCUCAUCAUAAAGUAUUUGGCCUUGCAGGACCUGAUGUUGCUUUCUCAAUAUUCUCCUUCACGAAGACAAGAAGUUUUUAGUCUCAGCCAACCAGGUGGACAUCCCCACAAUUGGACGGCCAUUUCAAGGGAGUGUUUGAAUCUUUUAAAUGAUAUGACUCAGAAACUGGUGCUCUACCAGGAAGCUGCUGCAACAAAUGGAAGAGUAAUGUCUUCCUCAUACACAGUGGAGCCUAAGAAAUUGAAUUUUCCAGAAGAAACUACUUUUCAGACCCCAAAAUCUAGUCAGAUGCCUCGGUCUUCAGUGCCACCGUCAGUUAAGACAUCACUGUUUUCGCCAAAAUUAUCUACACCCGAUAUUUCAAGUCCCCUUGGAUCUCCUUUUGGCUCUACUGUAAUAAAUCGGAUGGCUGGAAUUUUUGAUGCAACCACUGGCUAUGGGUCACCUCAAAGUUCUCAGCUAAUAAGAAGAGGGCCAAGAUUAUGGUCUUCUACCCCUGAUCAGCAAAUGAAUGGAUUUUCUAAUCUUCCAUCUACAGUUAGUGCUGAGGGUAAGACAAUGAGACAGCCCAGUGUGAUUUAUUCAUGGAUUCAGAAUAAACAUGAACAGAUUAAGAAUUUCUUGUCAAAACGGGUGCUGAUAAUGUAUUUUUUCAGUAAGCACCCAGAGGCCUCCAUUCAGGCUGUUUUUGCAGAUGCCCAAAUGCAUAUUUGGGCUUUGGAAGGUUUGUCACACUUAGUAGCAGCGUCAUUUACAGAAGAUAGAUUUGGAGUUGUCCAGACUACACUACCAGCAAUUCUUAAUACUUUGUUGACACUGCAAGAGGCAGUUGACAAGUACUUCAAGCUUCCUCAUGCUUCCAGUAAACCACCUCGGAUUUCAGGAACCCUUGUGGACACUUCCUAUAAAACAUUAAGAUUCGCAUUUAGAGCAUCACUAAAAACUGCCAUCUAUCGAAUAACUACUACAUUUGGUGAACAUCUGAAUGCUGUGCAAGCAUCUGCAGAACAUCAGAAAAGACUUCAACAGUUCUUGGAGUUCAAAGAAUAGUUAAGUAAUAUAAACUGUGUUCAUUACACUGCUGAUACAACUACAGAUGGGACAGUAAAUGUUCAGCAUUCUUGGAUCAGAAGAAAAUGGACUAAUUAGAUGCUUCCUUUGUCGUGGUGGUUGCUUUGAAAACUAUACUUUAAUGGGAGAAAUCAUGGAAAGAAAUUCUCAACAGAAUAACUGAAAACGGCCUUUUCUGUACCAGUUGCUUGUAUGUGUGGUAUAAUAAAAUCUUUAUUCAAUUUCACAGUUACAUCUAUGGCAGUAGAAAUGUCUCCAGCUUAUAAAGCUUAAUAAUAAUUAGGAUUUUUUUAGAAUUUACUUUUGAGAGGACUAGAGCCAGUUCAGAAGGUAAAAUAGGUUGACUUGACCCAGUCUUCCUUCCUAGUCAUUCUGAGAGUUUAACUCUUGUAAACUUGAAAUACAUAAACUUUUUUAGAGUCAUUUCUGUAUACUAAAGGAUUAAAAUGGUAACAUUGGAGAAAAGUUCACAGAAAAUAUAUUGUCUAAAGGACAUAUUUUGUCAAUCUGUUAGGUUAUGUUUUUGUUUCCAGAGACAAAUUAAAUUUGCAUGAUUGUCCAAAAAAAAAGUCUCAAUUUACAGAUGCUAACUCUAUAUAAAGGAAUGUGGAAAAAUUCAGUUCUUAAGUUACAAGAUUAAACAUUCACAUUUGGUUUUUAAAAGACAGUCGACUGACAUCUAUGAAUUUGUUUUGUAUCAUGCUAGUAAACAAUUAAGUACAUGACUAUUUUCUCAACUAAUUUUACUUUCUUUUUCUGGAACAAAACAUUAAGUGAUUGUAGAGUUCUUCAAGUGAGAGAAAAAGUUUUGCAAGAAAAACCAGGAGACUUUUCCCCUUUUUACCACUCUUCAUCUUCAUUAGAUGAAAUUAUUUUGUGAAGCUUUUUGGCCUCAGAGGGAGCAGUCUUCCCUGUGUUAACUGGCUAAUUAAAAUAUAUUAGGAAAAUCUUUACAGCCAGAAACAACUUAGUCAUCAAAUAGCAAGUGAGACCAAGACGUCAGAGGGAUUACUUGGGAGCAUGUUGUAUGUCCCAAAAGUGAACAAGGUAAUUUUAUUUGCUCAAUUUCUUUGGAGAUGAAAGAUUAGAAAUCCUACUAGUAGAUAUCCACUGGACUAGCUUUGGACUGAAAUGCUUCCUUGUAAUUUUUUUUCCUGUUAUUUUUCUCCUCCAGUGUCCCAUAAUGUUUUCUUUAGUCAACACAGUAUUGUAUAUGAGUCUUUAUUAAUAUGGCAUAUAUGUCUACAAUUUGUCUGAUUACUUGAUGUACUAUAUCUUUAUUCCUUCUAUUUGUUGCCCCUUCAGCCAGCACAUGCCAAAUUAUAAAUGAAUCCUACUGACCUUUAAAGUGUCUUUAUGAGACAGUUCCCCAAUUGUCUAGUGUGUGGAGGAUUUAGGCUAUUGCCAUUGCUUUUUCUUUUCACCCCUGAAGAGGAGUUGAUCGCUUUUGAAUGUGAAAGUUGAAUUUUGAAAGUGGUAGUUACUUACAGAUGGCCAGAAAAUUGUGGCUAGGUUGACUGAGAACUGUUGAAUUUUAUGUUUUAAAGCCACUGAGCUUUUUAUAUUCCAUUCUCUGUGCUGAGGCAUUUUGGGAGAAAAGGACUCUGGUUUCUGCUUCCAUUAAAGAAUUGUAGUAUUUAACCCAUUUGAUUCCUGAGACUGAUGAUGGGAUGAUUCCUUUAAACUAUUGGAUAAAAUGUCUGGCUAAGUGUAGAUUUUUGCCAGAUACUUGGGGCAAAGGUGUAUUUGAUGAGCAGUGUAAAAACUUUUGAGGUAUUCAUUCCAAAUUCUCUCCAAAAAGAAUGUGCUUUGUACAAAAUAUAGGUCACAUAAAGUUUUCUUGAUGGGGUCUGGAAACUGUCCCCCCAAAUCUGGAUUACAUUUAGUUGGUAGGGAGUCAGUUCCUUUUCCUCUUUGUGUGUCGAUAAUCUCCAUACCAUCUGUUGGGGUAGGGUGUGGCUCAGUCACCUGUUAUUAAAAAGCUCCUCUGGCUCCUCCUGUGUACAAGAGGAGAGAAGCGUUUCCUUUGAUGAAGUCACAGCUUGGUUAUGAGCCCACUGGUGCUCUAACACUGGCCUGAAGAUUAGAGUGUUUUUUAAAAGCUUUACUCAGACUGUCGGUAUAAAACAUGAUUCUUUCCGCUCUUGUAAUGUUUGCUUGACCCUUAUGGAAGCUAUAAACCCACAGAACUUCUUUCCCGGAGAACCGCGAAACUGUCCUAGAAUAAACAUCGCACCAUUCAGUGGACAUGGAUGAGCUUCAGUUUGUUACUUUGCUGGAUUUGUUCUUGGUAAUUGUUUUGUAUGUCUUCCUGUAAAUAUGGUAAUCUGUUUAUAUACUUUUGUAUAUCACUGACCUUGAAUUGGGUAGAAAAAUAAAUUGACAUUUUAAAAAAUGGGACAAUUAAUUGAAA